AUGACUUCCGUAAACUUGCUCUCCCUCCUCACCCUCACCCCCCUCCUCGCCAGCGCAUUCGCCCCCGCCGCUCCACCAUCAUUACUACCAAGGGAUGACGGCGUGACGCCACUCAGCUUUCGCGCUGCAGGUGAUACCGGUGUCUCGUCCCAGCAGAUGUUUUUGGGGAACGACAAGAAGGCGUAUGUCAUUGACAAGACGGAAAACAACCCCGUGACGAUAGACGGAGAGUAUGGCUCGCAUCCCGCUUGGGCCACCGAGUAUGAUAUCGAGACGAACGAGUACCGGGCGAUGGACGUCUACUCGAAUACAUUCUGUGCGGGUGGCAAUGUGAUGGGGAACGGAACCUGGGUCAUCUUUGGCGGCAACCAGCCCGUAACGACAAACGGUACAGCCGUCACCGACGCCGGCGUCUACUCUGACAACGACGGCGGUUCCGCCAUCCGCAUGAUCACCCCCUGCACCGACGAGCAAUGCGAGUACGUCCAAGGCGCCCAGUCUUACGACAGGUCGACCGGGACCGGCGGAUGGCUGCAGAUGACCGGCAAGAGAUGGUACCCCACCGUCGAGGCCCUGCCGGACGGAACGCUGAUCAUCAUCGGCGGCGACACGAACGGCGGCUACGUCAACACCAGAGAGCAAGACAACCCCACCUACGAGUUCUUCCCUCCCCAGGACGGCGACCCCGUCGACCUCCAGUUCCUCUCCGACACCCUGCCUUUGAACUUGUUCCCCCUCGUGUGGCUCAUGCCUUCGGGCAGGCUCUUCAUGCAGGCGUACAACACCACCAUCUUGUACGACUAUACGACCCGGGAGACGACCGACCUGCCCACCAUGCCCUACGCCGUCCGCGUCUACCCCGCGUCGGCGGCUACCGUCAUGCUCCCCCUCACCCCGGCCAACAACUAUACCGCCACCCUCCUCUUCUGCGGUGGAUCCAACACCACCCAGUGGGGGACCGACGGUACCGCCGGGUACAAUGUCACUGCCGUCCCUGCCGACCAGACGUGUGUCCGAAUCAGCCCCGAGGAUGACGACCCGCAGUAUGAGGACGAGGAUGACAUGCCCGAGGGCAGGAGUAUGGGACAGUUUGUGUUGUUGCCGGAUGGGACGAUGUGGAUGGGUAACGGUGUCAGCAUGGGAACUGCUGGUUACGGAAACGAGGGUUAUUCUCUCGGUCAAUCCUACGGCCAAGACCCGGUCUACAUGCCCGCCGUCUACAACGCCUCUGCCCCCUCUGGCCAACGCUGGAACCGAACCGGCCUCUCUGCCUCGGAGAACGAACGCAUGUACCACUCCACCGCCAUCCUUCUCCCCGACUCGUCCAUCCUCAUCGCAGGCUCCAACCCCAACAAGGACUUUACCAACCUCCAAUGGCGCACGAGGACCGACUCUGAAAAGUGGUACCCCUGGUACUACAACGAAGAGCGUCCCGCGCCUUCGGGGCUUCCUGCCAAUUUGACUUAUGGCGGGGAUUCGUUCAAUGUUACGUUGGCGGGUACGGAUGAGGGGGCUGCGCAGAAUACCAAGGCGGUCAUUAUCAGGGGCGGGUUCAACACCCAUGGAAUGGGUUUCGGCCAGCGUAUGCUCGAGUUGGAGACGUCGUACACGAUCGACGAGAAUACCGGCAACACCACCAUCCACGUCUCGCAGCUUCCCGGAGACCCUGGACCUACCAUCUUCCAGCCCGGGCCUGCUAUGAUCUUUAUCGUCGUUAACGGUGUUCCUUCCACCGGCGAGUUUUUGAUGGUCGGUAACGGUCAACUCGGCGACCAAACAACAACCACCAACGCCGCCCUCCCCUCAUCCACCGUCCUCGCCGUCUCCGCCUCCGCCUCCAACUCUGCCUCCGCCACCGACGCCGACUCGUCAUCCACCGCUACGGGCGGUACCUCCAACCAGUCCACGUCGGGCGCUGGCAAGACGGCUAGCGUUCGGUCGGCCGCCGUGGUUGGGGGGGUGAUGGGGUCGAUGGGCGUGGUGGGGUUGAGUGCUUUGGUUUUGCUUUUAUGA